UCUAGACGUCAAUAACUUGAUUUUCCAAUCCAAGAAUCCGCAGUCUCUAGAACUAUGAUGUUGAUCGCUUUAUUUUUAUUCGCGGCUCACGUGUUCAACACAAACGCCGACGAUGCAUAUCUACCUCCAUACAUUGAAGCCUGCGAAUUCUCCAAUGAAAACCUCGAACAGUGCAUCAAAGAACAAAUAGAGAAGAGUCUGCCUGAGUUUACGAAGGGUAUUCCUGAACUGGACGUUCCUUCGACGGACCCAGUGCAUCUGGAUGACAUUAACAUCGACGGCAACGGGUUGAAACUGACAUUCACCAAAGCAUUAAUGCAUGGCUUAAAAGGCAGUCACCUAAAAGAAUUUAAGCUUAAAUUCGAUGGUGACCACGGAAAUUUCAAAUUGGCCUUCAUAAGCAACAUGAGCUUAACAGCUGAAUAUGAAGCCGACGGAAAACUUCUCAUUUUACAAAUUAAAGGAAAAGGAGACGCCCUCAUUAACUGCGUAAACGUGGACGUUGAAAUAGAGAGCAAAUUGAAUCAAGUUAAGGACAACAACGGAAAAGAUCAUUUAAAACUCGGCACUCCUUCAUACAAAUACAAGAUAGAGAAGACUACGUUCGAUUUGAAAAACUUGUUCAACGGAAACAAAGAAUUGGCUGACACAACCCUGCAGUUUGCCAAUGAGAAUUGGCAACAGCUCAUGGACGACCUAGCACCUCCUGCUAUCAAGCAAAUCGUUAAGACAGUUGUCAAAGCGAUCAACAAAUUCUUCGCGAGCGUCACAACACAACAAAUUAUCAAAGGAUACUCGCCUUAAACUAAACUAACGUCCUCUACUCUUUAUCAAAAUACAUAUUUAAAAUUUCAUAUCGAGUUCGUAUCUGUGAUAAACGAUGUCUUAAUAUAACAAUAUG